AGCGUCGACGAGUGCUCGACGCAGGCGGAGAAUGCUCAUUGUGAAGCAGACUACGAGUACUGCUGACAUUCACCAGCGAGCGGCUACAACCGGGGCCUAUUUCUGCUCCUCUUCGGGCUCGUCCAAGUCCAAACGCCAGCACAAGCCAAUAUAGCGAGGACAGCGCGAGUCACAAGAGGCACGAGCCGCCCGUAGAGCAAGAUGCUCGACCCGUCGUCCAGCGAGGAGGAGUCUGAUGGGAUAGUAGAGGAGGAGAGUAAAGAGGCGAAGGCUCCUCAGGCCGGCUCCCGCGUCUCCCCGAGCAGGACCAGCAACAGCUCGGGUGGCUUGGCCCCCAGCAGCGGCCGCAGCAGUGCCCGUCCGACCAGCCCAAGCCCCUCAGCUGUCAGCGAGGAGAAGGAGGACCUGGAGAAGCUGCAGCGAGAGGAAGAGGACCGCAAGAAGAAGCUGCAGUUGUAUGUUUUUGUCAUGCGGUGCAUCGCGUACCCUUUCAACGCCAAACAGCCUACAGAUAUGGCUCGGCGACAGCUGAAGAUUAGCAAGCAGCAGCUCCAGCAGACCAAGGACCGCUUCCAGGCCUUUCUCAAUGGAGACACCCAAAUAGUGGCUGAUGAGGCAUUCAUCAACGCUGUGCAGAGUUAUUCAGAGGUGUUCCUAAAGAGUGACCGCGUGGCCAAGAUUGUGCAGAGCGGAGGCUUCUCUGCGGGUGAUUUCAGGGAAGUGUUCAAGAGGCACAUUGAGAAGCGUGUGCGCAGUCUGCCAGAGAUAGAUGGCCUGAGCAAAGAGACAGUGCUCAGCUCGUGGAUGGCCAAGUUUGAUACCAUCUACCGCGGAGAUGAAGACCCUCGCAAAGCCCAGCAGCGCAUGACCGCCAGCGCAGCGUCCGAGCUCAUCCUCAGCAAGGACCAGCUGUACGAAAUGUUCCAGAAUAUUCUCGGCAUCAAGAAGUUUGAACACCAACUGCUGUACCAGGCCUGUCAGUUGGAUAACCUGGACGAGCAGGCUGCACAGAUCCGCAGAGAGCUGGACGGGCGUCUUCAGAUGGCAGACCAGAUUGCCAGAGGUGGCAAGUUCCCCAAAUUUGUGUCCAAAGAGAUGGAGGCCAUGUACAUCGAGGAGCUGAAGUCGUCCGUGAACCAGCUAAUGGCCAAUUUGGAGAGCAUGCCCGUGUCGAAAGGAGGGGAAUUCAAACUGCAGAAGCUGAAGAGGGGGCACAAUACCUCCAUCAUCGACAUGGGCCAGGAGGACGAGAACACGCUGUCCAAGUCCGAUGUGGUGCUGUCCUUCACACUCGAGGUAGUGAUCAUGGAAGUACAAGGGCUCAAGUCACUGGCCCCGAACCGCAUUGUGUACUGUACCAUGGAGGUGGAGGGAGGAGAAAAGCUCCAGACCGACCAGGCCGAAGCAUCCAAGCCCACCUGGGGCACACAGGGGGACUUCACCACCACACACCCGCUGCCUGCCGUCAAGGUGAAGCUGUUUACGGAGAGCACCGGCGUGCUGGCGCUGGAGGACAAGGAGCUGGGCAGGGUUGUGCUCCACCCCACUCCCAACAGCCCCAAACAGUCGGAGCUCCAUAAGAUGACUGUUACCAAGGCGUGCCCGGACCAGGACCUGAGGAUCAAACUGGCCAUCCGCAUGGACAAACCUCAGAACAUGAAGCACUGCGGGUACCUCUGGGCAUUUGGAAAGAAUGUUUGGAAACGCUGGAAAAAGCGUUUCUUUGUCCUUGUACAGGUGAGCCAAUACACAUUUGCCAUGUGCAGCUACAGAGAGAAGAAGUCUGAACCACAGGAACUUCUCCAGCUGGACGGAUACACUGUAGACUACAGUGACCCACAGCCAGGUUUGGAUGGGGGCAGAGCCUUCUUCAACGCAGUGAAAGAAGGCGACACUGUGAUCUUUGCCAGUGACGACGAACAGGAUCGCAUCCUGUGGGUCCAGGCCAUGUACCGUGCCACGGGCCAGUCCCACAAGCCUGUCCCGCCCACUCAGGUCCAGAAACUCAACUCCAAAGGGGGCGUGUCUGCUCAGAUGGACGCUCCCAUUUCACAGUUCUAUGCUGACAGAGCUCAGAAACAUGGCAUGGAUGAGUUUAUCUCGGCUAACCCCUGUAGCUUUGACCACGCCUCCCUUUUUGAGAUGGUGCAGCGGCUCACAUUGGACCACAGACUCAACGACACCUUCUGCUGUUUGGGAUGGUUCAGUCCAGGCCAGGUAUUUGUCCUGGAUGAGUACUGUGCCAGGAACGGGGUGCGAGGCUGCCACAGACACCUGUGCUACCUGCGGGACCUGCUGGAGAGGGCAGAGAAGGGGGCCAUCAUCGACCCCACUCUGCUGCACUACAGCUUUGCUUUCUGUGCAUCCCAUGUCCAUGGGAACAGGCCCGAUGGGCUCAGCACAGUCAUUGUGGACGAGAAGGAGCGUUUUGAAGACAUCAAGGAACGGUUGCGUGUGAUUUUGGAAAACCAGAUUGUAAAUUUCAGAUAUUUUUUCCCCUUCGGUCGUCCAGAGGGGGCACUGAAGGCAACUUUAUCUUUGCUAGAGCGGGUCCUGAUGAAAGACAUAGUGACCCCAGUCCCUCCGGAGGAAGUGAAAGGAGUAAUCCGCAAAUGUUUGGAGCAGGCAGCACAACUCAACUACCAGCGGAUUAAAGACUACGCCAAAAUUGAAGGCAAAAAGAGGGAAAUGUUUGAGCACCCUGUCUUCUGCUUGGCGUCUCAAGUGAUGGAUUUAACCAUCCUUGAGAAAGGUCAAAAGGAUCAAAAGGAUCCAGAGAACGCAGGCCGCUUAGUCACGCCUGCCAAAAAGCUGGAGGAAACUAUUCGCCUGGCGGAGUUAGUCAUAGAAGUCCUCCAGCAGAACCAGGAACACCACGCGGAGGCGGCAGUCACAAGUUCUGCAGAUCAAUCGGCCUUUGCCUGGUGGACAGACUUGAUGGUAGAACAUGCAGAGAACUUCCUGGCCCUCUAUGCCAUCGACAUGGACGCCGCUCUGGAGAUCCAGUCACCUGAGAGCUGGGACAGUUUCCCCCUCUUUCAGCUGCUCAACGACUACCUGCGGACAGACUACCAUCUGUGCAACGGAAAGUUCCACAAGCACCUGCAGGACCUGUACGCCCCCCUGGUGGUUAGAUAUGUGGAUUUGAUGGAGUCCUCCAUCGCACAGUCUAUUCACAAGGGCUUUGACCGCGAGUCCUGGGAGCCCGUCAAGAGUUUAACAAGUAAUCUGCCCAAUGUGAACCUACCAAAUGUGAACCUCCAAAUUCCCAAAGUACCAAAUCUGCCAGUGCCAGUAGCUGGACUAUCAGUUAACCUUCCACAAAUGCCUAGCUUUUCUACCCCGUCUUGGAUGGCUGCUAUAUAUGACUCUGAUAACGGCUCUGGAACAUCUGAGGACCUCUUCUGGAAGCUGGAUGCCCUGCAGACUUUCAUUAGAGACCUGCACUGGCCAGAGGAGGAAUUCGCCAAGCACCUGGAGAGUCGCAUUAAGCUCAUGUCCAGCAACAUGAUCGAGAACUGCGUCAAACGCACCAGGAUGGCCUUUGAGUCGAAGCUGGCAAAAAGCAGCAAGUCCACAGAUUUCCGCAUCUCUCCCACAUUAUGCACCAUGUUCAAUGUGAUGGUGGAUGCCAAGGACCAAUCUGCCAAACUGUGUGCCAUGGAGAUGGGCCAGGAGAAACAGUUCCACUCUCAAAUUGACGAGCUGAUUGAAGAAAGUGUGAAGGACAUGAUCCAGCUUCUGGUCGCUAAGUUUGUGGCAAUACUGGAGGGCGUUCUGGCAAAGAUUUCUAGAUAUGAUGAAGGAACACUCUUCUCCUCAUUCCUGUCCUUUACGGUGAAAGCUGCCUCUAAAUAUGUGGAAGUACCUAAGCCCGGGAUGGACGUGGCUGACGGCUAUGUGACCUUUGUGCGCCACUCUCAGGAUAUGCUUCGUGAUAAGGUCAAUGAGGAGGUGUAUAUAGAAAGGUUAUUUGAUCAAUGGUACACUGCCACCAUGAACCUCCUGGGCACCUGGCUGACCGAACGCAUGGACCAACAGCUGCACGUCUACCAACUCAAGAUACUCAUCCGGAUCACCAAGAAAAAGUACCGGGACUUCCGCCUGCAGGGCGUACUGGACUCCACUCUGAACAGUAAGAUGUAUGACACAGUGCGUAACCGGCUCACAGUGGAGGAGGCGUCUGCGUCAGUGCGGGAGGGGGGCAUGCAGGGCAUCUCCAUGAAGGACAGCGAUGAGGAGGACGAAGAGGACUAGACACAGCCCUGACCCCACCCUCAAACACCCCUCACUUUUGACUUUAGCCUGGUUACCGAUGCAUGUACCAACUCAGAUAGCCACUCUAGGACCUCUUUGUCAGCUCGAAAUGCCUAUGAAGGAACUAAUAACUAUAAAAAAUAGUACUUAUACUGAGGAAAUAAAAAUGUAAAAAAUAAUAUGAUUGGCAGUUUAGCUGUGUCAUGAUAAAGAUAGCACCUAUCUUUGAUUCAUUCAUUUCUAAAUUCAUUUCUAUGUGUUACUAAGCAAUAUGGAGAAACAUUUGUUUGACAAUGUUGAGUGAGAUUAAUAGGUGUGUCCCUGUCCAAUGCAAACCUAUAUGGCGCUACUUUGUCGUAUCUACAUUCAUUAUGGUACAUUGUCGUGAAGAUGAGUGUGUGGACCCUUUUCUUUGUCUUGUCUGUUUUAAGUGAAUGCCAACUGCUUCAAACUGAAAAUAAAACCUCUGUAUUUGUUGAAGGCUGUCGCAGAUAAACUGUUGUCUACUGUUCAACAUCAACAGUAAGUUUGUACCAUGUGUCUGCGCUCUGUGCUCAUCUCCACCUCCAAUUAGACACUGACAUACAGUUCUAUAGAGAUGCAAUAUUCUCAUAGCUCCAUUUUGAUAACAGGAGAUUCUAUUUUUAUUUCAACAUUAAAGGCCUUGGAGCAGGUUCUAUUUUAAUUGAGUUGCACUUUUACAGAGAAAAGAGCAAAAUAAUUUUUUUUAUUGAAAAAAGUUGGUCUGUCUUUGUUCUGUAAUUGUGUAGAAUGAGAUGUCUGGCAUUUGUUUGGGUCUCACUGUUGUUUUGUAUAUAUGAUAUAAAUAUAUAUAAAUAUAAAAUGCUGUACAUUGCAUUCUGAGCCAUCGCUGCAUGCUUGUGGGUUCCUGCCCUCCCCAAAUGCUUUCUGUUUUCUGUGUCAAUUAGCUGGUCCAUUCAUUCUUGCUUUUGCCUUAUGAAAAGCCAACAGUUGUAAUAUGCAAGAGCUGUGGCCUCUAAAUAAAAUUAUU